CCCCGCCUCUCUCCUCCGCCCUCCGCCCGGGCUCCGAUGAAAGAGAACGUGCGGCUUGGGGCUCUCCUCCGCACUCGCGGUGUCGCACCGUCCCCCCCCCCUCGGCACCGCCUGCCCAAUCAGAGGCCGCUCCUGCCCUGGCCCCGCCCACGCGCGUGCUGACCUCACGACACAGCCUCUUGCUGCUCGGCGGCGCGGCCAAUCGGCGCCCAGAAGCCGAGCGAGGUCCCGCCCGCCCGGCCGUCAUCCGCUCGGCCCCGCCUCCUGCCGUCCCCCCUUUCUCCUCUCUGCCCCCUCCCCGCACCGAGCGCCUGGCGGCGGCGGGCAGCGCAGCCCAGUCCUGUCCGUGCCGGCGGCGGCGCCAGCUCGGGGCUCGGCGGCAUGGAGUGCGCGGCGGCGGGCGCCGAGUUCAACAUCCUCCUCGCCACCGACUCCUACAAGAUACCUCUGGGUUGGAAGUGGCAGACAACUUUAUGGCCAAGCCUGAUAGCUGCAGGAAGCAAAGUGUGGUGGAGAGAAAACUGUCUGGGCAGGUUACACACUACAAGCAAUAUCCACCUAAUACAAGCAAAGUAUAUUCCUACUUUGAAUGUCGUGAGAAGAAGACUGAAAAUUCCAAGUUAAGGAAAGUGAAGUAUGAAGAAACUGUUUUUUAUGGUUUGCAGUACAUUCUGAAUAAAUACUUAAAAGGUAAAGUGGUGACCAAAGAAAAAAUCAAGGAAGCCAAAGAAGUGUAUAGGGAGCACUUUCAAGAUGAUGUCUUCAAUGAAAAGGGAUGGAACUAUAUUCUGGAGAAAUAUGAUGGUCAUCUUCCUAUAGAAAUAAAGGCUGUUCCUGAGGGCUCUGUCAUUCCCAGAGGAAAUGUUCUCUUCACAGUAGAAAAUACAGAUCCGGAAUGCUACUGGCUCACAAAUUGGAUUGAGACUAUUCUUGUUCAGUCGUGGUAUCCAAUCACAGUGGCUACGAAUUCUAGAGAGCAGAAAAAGAUUUUGGCCAAAUAUUUGCUGGAGACUUCUGGCAGCUUGGAGGGACUGGAGUAUAAACUGCAUGACUUCGGCUACAGGGGAGUUUCUUCACAAGAGACUGCAGGAAUAGGAGCUUCAGCUCAUUUGGUGAACUUCAAAGGAACAGACACUGUAGCUGGAAUUGCAUUAAUUAAGAAGUACUAUGGAACAAAAGAUCCAGUUCCAGGAUAUUCUGUUCCAGCUGCUGAACACAGUACCAUAACAGCUUGGGGGAAGGAUCAUGAAAAAGAUGCUUUCGAACACAUAGUGACACAGUUUUCUUCAGUGCCUGUAUCUGUGGUUAGUGACAGCUACGACAUUUACAAUGCUUGUGAAAAAAUAUGGGGCGAUGACUUAAGGCAUAUAAUUGAAGGCCGAAGUCCAGAGGCACCACUUAUUAUUAGACCAGAUUCUGGGAAUCCCCUUGACACUGUUUUAAAGGUCUUGGAGAUCUUAGGGAAGAAGUUUCCCAUCACAGAGAACUCUAAAGGCUACAAAUUGCUGCCACCCUAUCUCAGAGUUAUUCAAGGGGAUGGUGUGGAUAUCAACACGUUGCAAGAGAUUGUGGAGGGAAUGAAGAAGAAUAAAUGGAGUAUUGAAAAUAUUGCCUUUGGAUCUGGUGGAGCUUUGUUGCAGAAGCUAACUAGAGAUCUCUUAAACUGUUCCUUCAAAUGUAGCUACGUGGUAACCAAUGGUCUUGGGGUAAAUGUCUUCAAGGAUCCGGUAGCUGAUCCAAACAAAAGGUCAAAGAAAGGCCGACUGUCUUUGCAUAGGACACCUGCUGGAGAUUUUGUGACACUUGAAGAAGGAAAGGGAGAUCUUGAAGAGUACGGGCAGGAUCUCCUUCAUACGGUAUUUAAGAAUGGGAAAGUAACGAAGUCGUAUUCUUUUGAUGAAGUAAGACAAAAUGCCAGGCUGAAGAACAGUGAACUAGAAACAGCGUCUCACUAAGUUUCAUUCCACGUCUGUGUAUGUGUGUAACAAGUAUGUACUGCAUAGCUACUGGAUUUACUGUACAGAUUUGUGUGUUUGUGUUUUAUGACAUUGUAGCCAAAUUAUUUGUUGGUUUAUGGACAUACUGCCCUAUCUUUUGCCAGCCUUUAGAAAAGAUAAAAUCAGGAAAUGGUACUUACAUUGUAAAACAUAUUUAAUGCUAAAGUGUGCUUUUUAGGGCCCUUUGCCAGUAGUGAUUCAAUCUGGUAUUGAUCUUUUCACAAAUGAGACAGAGCUGAACUUUUUUAUAUAUAACAGAAUAUCACAAAAUGGAUUUACAUAAAAUUAUCAUGAUUGCUUUAUGUUUAUAUUUAACUUGUAUUUUUGUACAAACAAGAUUGUGUAAAAUAUAUUUAAAGUUUCAAUAAGUAAGUCUUUCCAACUUUUCAUGAUUUUUAUGAGCACAGACUUUCAAGAAAAUAUUUGGUGGGGGGGGAAUCCAUUGCCUUUUGUCCAUUAAUCAGCAAAUAAAACACGGCCUUAAAGUUUGUUGUGACAUUGUACCAUUUGACGACUAAAUCAGGACUUGUAUCUCCUUAAGAUCCUUUAGAAUUGCUGACCUCACCGUUUCUUGUAGCUGUCUGUAUUAGUUAAUCUGCAUCGAAGAAAGUUACUGUUCUUUUUAGAAGGUUUAGGUACUUACAGGCCUUGCUGGCACAGUAAGGUAUGUAAAUCGAAUGCCAAAUUUGAAAGGGUUCUCUACUGCAACUUAACUUGCCAAGUCUAUCCCACUUGGCAUAUGCACCUCAAUAUUUUAAUAGUAAAGUUUUUAAGAGAUCUCCUCUUCCACUAUAGAAUAUAUGUGUAAAAUAUUGAAAUAUGGAAGCGGUGUAUUUUAAAGUAAUUACACUUCUGGGUUUAUUUUUCAUAUACUGUAAGUGACAUGACUUUAAAGCAGAAUACUGGACUCGGUAGUGCACUUUUUUACUUUUUUGUAUUUUUUUCAUUGAUUUGCCUUUUGUCAGACUGGAUGUUAAAUUGUAAAAAAUGUUUAACUAUUUUUGUUAACAACUUUAAUAAAACUUUAUGCUAGCCAAACUCCUACACGAAUGGCAGAGCUGUUUCCCCUUCUCCCCCAUCUCACUGGGGUGAGGAGGGGCUCUCAUUUUGCAGAGGGUAACUGGAAGCAGUGUUUGAGAGACUUCUGAACUGUCUGCACUUGAUUGUACGAGCUCUCUGCAUAUGCUUGAUUUAAAUGUCUGCUGGAAAACAAAACUGUUGAGGAUUUCAUUUGAGAAGCUAUGUAGUAACCUCUGAAAUGUUAGUACUGUAGGCUGGCUCUCGCUACAGAAGGAAUACCUCCCUUACUUAAAAAAAAAACAACAGCAAAAGCAAAUGGCUGCUGUAUUUUAAUGAUCAACUAUCGAUGGCAUACUGAUAUAAUUAACGCUUCUAAUUAGGAAAUGAUGUUAAAGGAAAAUGUCAGAGGUCCUCUGAAAUCACUUAAGCCUACAAAACUUAUACAAAACAUGCAUUUAAAGGAAGAUUGAAAAGCCAUACUUCAUUGUUUUUAUUCUCUCACCAAAAAGGGCCACAUCAAAGCAUUCAGAAUCUCUUUAGGGUUUGUGGUUAAGAUAUUUAUGCCCGGUCUCAAUAGUUCUUGUUCAUGAAAACUUGUUUUCCACUCUUAGUGUAUGUGAUUAUACAUUUAAGUGAUGUAUUGUUUCAAAAAUAGCGCUUUAGUAACAUUUUAAAUGCUGACCUUUCACACUGAGGAACUACCUUCCCUUUGCUAUUAGUGAUACUGUUUGUAUUUGGCCAAGAAGGGAUUUAAAUCUGGACGUUGUACCAAUAGCAGGUAAACAAUACAGAGCCUAUUUUACUCCUCCACACGUGUACUAGGGAAUUUUAUGAUGUACAGUUUAAAAGAAAAGAAAUUAAAUGCUGCUUUCAUUCUGUACCAAUAAAAGUUUUGAUAACUAUUAACUACCCAUAACUGAUAUUUUUGUAUUUGGGAACUGAGGAUAUGCUGUGGAAGCACUGUUUUCUUUUGUAUCACAAUGUGCAUCAGUAUUUGUUCAGUGUUGUCUAAAAUGUAGCUUGCUCGUUGGAGUCUUAGAUGAAGUUGUGUGUGUGUGCACAUCACUCUCGGAAGUUGUCAUGUCACUCAUCUUGGUAGCUGCUGAUCUAUUUCAAAAGAAGGGGACUUGGGGAGAAAAACACCCGGUGCUAUUCAGACCCAAAUACGUGUUUCUGUCGUUUUGGGCAUCAAGGAGUUGACAGAAGUUACUGCAGUGCUUAAACCAUACAGUAUCCUAAUUCUUCCACAUAAAAGCAAACAGCAUGUUUGAGCUUGCUUUAAAUUACUAGAUUUGUAGUCAUCGAUAUAUUUUAAUUAUCCCCAUUUCAUAAUAUAACACAGUAUUUGUAUUUAAAAAUAGGAACUGGGAGUUUUGUGUUAAUACCUUAUUUGUAACCAUACUUAGCAUAAGAAAUGGAUUUUAUAAAACUAUUUUUCUUGAGCUGCAUGAUUAUGAAAAGAUGUUUUUUUUCCUACUUUGAAGGAUGGGAGGAGAGAAUAGAAGAGUACUUAACUGUUUGGAUUGCCAAAAUCAAAACCAAGUUGAAACAUUUUUUUCCUGUAGGUUUUUACAUUCCUUCUUAACCUGUGUAGUGAGAAUAAAUAUUCCUCACUUAAAUCCUCUGUUAAAGUAAUUCUAAUGUACUUGGCAUCAAAUACCAGUAUGUAAUACACAUGGAAAUAAAGUUUAGUUCUGGCAGUGAAAAUAAGA